AUGGGUAUAUGCUUUGGAGUUAAGAAGAAUGAUCGCUACGCAAUUAUUUAAAAACAAAUUGAUAAUACUGUAAAGGAAUAAGAAGAUAUGUAAAUUUAAGAAGAAUUAGCAUAUCAAAAUUAAAACUAACUUGAUGAUGAAGAAAUAACACUUAAAAUUAAUACAUAAACUUAAUUAAUAGUUUCUAAAGAUCUAAAUGAAACUGCAAGUUAAUAGAUCAUUGAAUAAAAGGCUUAAAAUAAAAAGAAGAGAAAGAAAAAAACCAAAGAUGAAAAUUAUCUCAAGUAAAUAGAGUAUCAUAUAACACUUAAAUCUAUUAUUAUUGAAGAAGAAUAAGAUCAGACUUAAUAAUAAUAUAAUAUACUCAUGGUACUAGAAUAUAUGGGUUAUUGUCAUAAUGUCUAAUUAAAAGGAGUGUUAAUUAAUCAUCCAAAGAAAACAUUUCAACUCAUUCCAAAUACUUAUGAAGAUGCUGCUAAACAUUCUAGAUUCUCUCCUUUUUUUUAAAAUGAUUUUUACUUUAAUAUUAAUGCUGAUCCUUUACAUAAUACUAAUUAUUUUGAGAAAUUAUUAAAUGUUGAAAGAACUAUAACAAAAGAUAGAUAAAUUAGAAUCUCACCUACUAAAAGAUAUUCUAGAAGAUCAUCUUCUGUUUUAGAUGAACAUUAAAGUCCAUCUCCUUUAAAAAAAAGAUAAAAUAUAAAAAAAUAAGAAUUUGUAAGUGAAUUACUUGAAGUAGUAUAAGUUUUUGAUUUGGAAGCCUAACCUAGAUUUCUUUAAAUAUUAUUUGCAUUAUUAUUGAAAGAAUAAAUGCCAUAAAUUAGUAACAAUAUAGUUUACAUUGAAGAAUUGAUUUUUUUAUUUGAUUAAUUGCCAAAAAUGGAAUAACCUAAUAUAUAUAGAAUUGCAAUAUUCUAUGAAAGUCUUGAUUAUAAUCUUCAUGAUCUACUUGUUUAUAUGAAACAUGAAGAAGUUAAAUUGUCAUAAAUUUGCUUUCUAAAAUUAGCACACAAUUUAAUAUAAGCUUUAUAUAAUUGUUAUUCAAAUCAUUGUUAUAGAAUCAAUUAUACUUUAUCUACAAUAUUUUAUACAAAAAGACACAAAAAAUUUAAGAUUUAAUCUUUUUGUAGAAUAUAAAGUUUAAUACCAUUUGAUGGAGAUUAAUAACUUAAUUUAAAAAAUGUACCUGAAUAGAAAUUAAAAUUUUUUAUUAGAUCUUUUAAAAAGGAUUUUGCUGCCUUAUGUGAUUUAAUUUUAUACUUUAAAGAUGUAAGUAAAUCAUUAGAUAGUAUCCAACAUCUUCGUAAAUAAGCUAAAACAAAUAAGUCUUCUGAAUAUUUAAAAUAUACAGAAAUGAUUCUUGAAAAAGACUAUGAAAAGACUUUAGUUGAAGUAAUUAGAUUUAGUUUAGAUGAAAUCUAAUACGAAAAAUUGAAUGAGUACAUACUUUCAAAUUAUUAAUAGAUUAUUAAGCGACUUAAAAGAUUCUACAGUAAAUUUAGAAUAAAUUAUCGCAGAAUUAGAAUUAAGAAAUGAAACAGAGAAAAAAUAAUAGAAAGAAAAUUAAAAUUUCUAAAUUUAUGAUUAAUCAAAUAGUGAUAGAGAUGAAUAUUAAACAGAAAUUGAAAAUUUUGAUUUAGUUUAAUAAAUGAAUUCAUUACCAGAAUUCAAUAAAUCUUAAAAAGUAACAUCACUUAAAUGUUUAUACAAAGAAUUAUUAUAUUCUUCCCUAUUUAUGAAUUAUCGUUUCUAACAAAAUUGUAUCUCUUAUUAAUAAAAUUGUUCAGAUACUUUACAUGCUGUUCAUUCUCAUAUUUUAUAAUCUUUUCAAUAAAUAAAUUUUGAUGAAUAACAAUAUGAAACUUCAUUAAAUGAAUAAGCUAAAUCACUUUAAUCAUCUAUUGAUUAAGCAGUAGCUCAUCCUAUAGAUAGAUAAGAUCCAUUUCAUUAUUAUGUGUUGAUAAAUUUAUUAACUUUAUCUCAAGAUAGACCAUUUCCUUUGAUUACUUAAUUAUAAAGAUUAAUUGAAGCAUAAUAAAAAAUUAAAAAAGAAUAGAUAAAACCAAAAUUAAAAUAAAAUCAUGCUCCAACUGGAUUGAUUGAAAUGAGAAAAGCUAUAAUUCUUUAAGUAUUCUAUACAGAAAAUUUAAUAAGUAGACAUAAUUAUUCUUAAGCAAUUCAUUAUAUGUAAAAAAUAAUUACAUUAUAACAAAAAUAAAAUCAAAAAAAUUCACUUCUUUAUUCUUAUUGUCUAUUUUUAAAUGGAUAAUUAUGUGCUAAAACUAUGUAAACUAUUUCUGCAAUGCUCAAUUUAGAAAUGUGUAAACAAUUAUAUGAUAUGUAUUUUCCAUCUUCUAUUAUUAUGACAGAAAAAGUUAUUGAACCUAAAUAAUAAUAACAAUAAAAUUAAAAUAAAGAAAAUCAAUAAAUUUAAUAAACUAAAUCUUAAUGUUUUAUAAAGGAAGUUGAUAAUAUAUCUACAACUAAUUAAUCAGUAUUAGAAUUUAAAUUAGGAUAAAUGUAUUCUUAAUUAAAUGACUAAGAAAAUGCACUUAAAUGUUUAAAAAGAGCUAAAUCUAUUAGAGAAAAGAGAUUUGAAUAAUUCUCUGAUUAAGUCAUUGAAAUUACUCUAGAAAUUCUUAGAGUCUAUGUUGAAUAAGAAGAAAGUGGUGCUGUAGCUAAAUUAUGUUGUCAAUUAGCUUAAAAAAUGAAUGAAAAAUAUAAAAAUAAAGAAGCUUUAAAAACUAAAAAUGUUGGAAUACUUCAAUUAAUUAUGGCAGUUAUUUAUGAAAGCAAUGGAGUUUUAGUUAGUUCUCUAAGAUUCUACUAAAGAGCUUUAAAAACAUUUUAAGCUUCAAAAUCUAAUAAUUAUAUACGAUAAUUAUAUAUAAGUGAUAAAAUUAAAGGAAUUAUUGAAAAAAUAAAAUAAAUAGCAACAUAAACUAUAUCAUUAGAUAAGUAAUGUAUUAAUCAACUUAAUAAUUUAAAGGGGUUUUUAAGCAUUUCAGAUAUUCUUAAACCUUAUUUUUCAAAUUCUUAUUAUUAAAAUUAAAAAUAAGCAAACACUAUAAAUUAAAAUAUUGUAUCUUCUUUAGUAUAUGCUAAUGGUUAUUUGAAUAAUUAUGAAUUAAUUGAUGCACUUAUUAGAUAUUAAGCAACUCAUAAAAUUUAUAAGAAAUAAAGAAUUGAUGAAUGUUUUGGUAUAGUUUUAGAAAAACUUGGUUUAAUUAAUAUUUACUAAAAAAAAUAUGAUUAAGGAAUUCAUUAUAUGAAAUUAGCUAUAGAAAUUCAUGAAAGAUAUUUAUAAUUUCCAAUGAAAUAAUGUAAUAUUAUAAAAAUAAAUCUUUAUAUUCUAUUAGAUAUGGCUUAAAAGAAUUAAUAGAAAAAAAUACUGGAUUAAUUUGAUGUAAUAGAGAAAUUCAUAGAAUAAAUCUAUGAAGAUAUUCAUUGGAAUUUGACUCCUUAAGUUGCUUCUCGAAUCAACAAAUUCAAAGUAAUGUCAGCAAAAAUUGGUUCAAAGACUUUGCAUUAGAUUUAAGAACUUAUUCAUUCUAUAGAUCUAUAUUAUAGUAUUAAGAAAUUAUUGUAUGAAAACUUCACAGAUCCUCAAUAACUGUAAGAAUAAGCUUAAUUAUAUUUAACAAAAAAGUUAAUAUAGAUGAGUAAUAAAAAAAGACAACAUUGGCUUGAAAAAAGAACAAGAUGUUAAAUUGGUUAAUUAGCAAAAGUUCAUAUUAUAUAAAGAAGAAGAGUUUCCAGUAUGUUUUCUUGUAAUGAGGGAAAGAAGGUUGAUGAAUAAACAAAAAGUAGAAUAACAUAAAAUUCUACACUUAUUGAUUAAACAAAUGAGAAAAUACAAAAAAAUUAAUUUUCUUCAGUUGAUGAAUCAAAAGAAACUGCUUUACCUAAUAAUAAAAUUUUAAUAGAUUUAAGAUCUGCUGAUGAAAUUUUAGAAGAAUAGAGAUAACGUUAAUUAGAAUUAUUAUAAUAACGUAGAUUACGUUUAGCUAGAAAUAUGAGUUAAUCUAAUGAAUUCAAUAUAUAAAAUUAGUAAGGAUAAAGUGGUUCAUUUAUAAUUUAAAGAUAAAGUUAAAUGAUUUAAUUUAAUUAGAUGAAGUAAAUUUUGUAAAAUUAGUAAUUAUAAGUAGAAUGUUAAAAAUCUAUUUCAAUCAAAGAUAAUUAAUAAUAACAAAAUUCAUCUUAAAUAAAUUUAUAACCUAUAAAAAUGGUAGGAAGACAAAAGAAGUCAUUAUCAUAACCAGGUGUUGAACAUGAUUAAUCGAAGAAUUCAUAUAUAAAAUUAGCUGAUGAAGGUUUAACAAAUAAAAGAAGGAGAACAAUAAGUUAACAAAGUUUGGCAUCAAUUUAAUAAGUAAAACUAAAAAUUAAUCCUUUUGAAAAAUCGGUUAAAAAAAAAUGA